CAACGGUGCGAAUCCCCUGUUUGAGCCAGUCGCCGGGCAUCAUUUCUUUGACGGGGAUGGAAUGGUCCACGCGGUGCACCUCCACGGCGGCCGCGCCGGCUACGCGUGCCGGUUCACGGAGACAGAGCGGCUCCGGCAGGAGCGGUUGGUGGGGCGUCCAGUGUUCCCCAAGGCCGUCGGUGAGCUCCACGGCCACUCCGGGAUAGCGAGGUUGCUGCUCUUCUACGCUCGCACCCGCUUCGGCCUGGUGGACGGAAGCCGCGGCAUGGGCGUCGCCAACGCCGGCCUUGUCUACUUCAACCGCCGCCUCCUCGCUAUGUCCGAGGACGAUUUGCCGUACCACGUGCGCGUCACCCCCGACGGCGACCUCGAGACGGUCGGACGGUAUGACUUCGACGGCGAGCUCGAAACCUCCAUGAUCGCGCAUCCCAAGGUCGACCCGGUCUCCGGCGAGCUCUUCGCCCUCAGCUACGACGUCAUUCGGAAGCCUUACUUGAAGUACUUCUACGUCUCCCCCGACGGCCGGAAGUCCGCCGACUUGGAGAUCCCCCUCCAGCAACCCACCAUGAUGCACGACUUCGCCAUCACCGAGCGCCACGUGGUCAUCCCGGAUCAGCAGGUGGUGUUCAAGCUGGAAGAGAUGGUCCGCGGUGGCUCGCCGGUGGUCUACGACCGGACCAAGACCGCCCGAUUCGGCGUCCUCCCCAAGUACGCCGCCGACGCUUCGGAGAUCCGGUGGGUCGACGUCCCGAAUUGCUUCUGCUUCCACCUGUGGAACGCGUGGGAGGAGACGGCCACCGGCGAAGUCGUCGUCAUCGGCUCCUGCAUGACGCCGCCGGACGCCGUCUUCAACGACUCCGACGAGAGCCUCAAAAGCGUCCUCUCCGAGAUCCGGCUCGACCUCCGAACCGGCAGCUCGACACGCCGGCCAAUCCUCAACCCGACCGAGCCGCUAAACCUCGAAGCCGGAAUGGUGAACCGGAACCUCCUCGGCCGGAAAACCCGCUACGCCUACCUCGCCAUCGCCGAGCCGUGGCCGAGAGUCUCCGGCUUCGCCAAGGUCGACCUCCUCAACGGCGACGCCAAGAACUUCAUCUUCGGCGACGGCCAGUAUGGCGGCGAGCCGUGCUUCGUGCCGAGAGAGGACGCAGCUGACGGCGGCGAGGACGACGGCCACGUGCUCUGCUUCGUGCACGACGAGAGAACGAAGGAGUCCAAGCUGAUGAUCGUCAACGCCGGCAAUCUGAACCUCGAGGCCACCGUCAGGCUGCCUUCCCGCGUGCCCUACGGCUUCCACGGCACCUUCAUCUCCUCUAACGACUUGGAGCAGCAAGCCUAA